AUUUAACACAACUGGAAUGGUAAUGCACGCCUGGAGUUGAGGGCAGGAAUUGUCUGAUACGUUUUUGGCGAAAUAAAGUAACUAUGCUGCUUACCAUUCCGUUGAAAGUUAUUAGUGCGCAUUUCUUCUUUAGUUACAUCUCGUGUUCUUCAUUAUGGGGAAAUGUCCUGAACACUCCAGAUAUUCCAGCGAUUGCUAAAUAUUUCACCACAAAAGGAAGAUAUGAGGAAGUGAACCCUUACCUCAUUGAUGACAUACUCGCUGUAAACAAAUCUCUUGUAAAGCCUCCAUCUGCAGAAUGUCGCGAAAUUCAUCUGACCGCUAUCAUACGGCACGGUUCAAGGUACCCGACGACGAAAAACGUCAAGAAGAUGCGAGAACUUCACAAUCUUGUUGUACAGAAGGCCUCUGGAGAGGAGCGCUGGUUGCGUGAAAUUACGCAGUGGAAYAUGUGGUACACUGAUGAGAUGGAUGGCCGUCUCGUUCAGAAGGGAGUCCUCGACCACAGGCAUUUGGCAGUCAGGUUGUCCAAGUUAUUCCCAUCAUUGAUAUCUAAGGAGAAGCUACAAGAUGGUCACAUCAAGUUCAUGACCAGUUCUAAGCACAGGUGUGUGAACAGCACCCUUUCUUUCCAGGGAGGACUGGCAAAGCUCUGGGACAUAGAAGAUGAAGAGAUUGACUACGAGGUGAACGAUGCACUGAUGAGGUUCUUUGACAGCUGCACCAGGUUUGUGGAGACUGUCGACAAGAACCAGUCAGCCAUGGCUGAGCUGGACAAGUUCACGUCCAGUGCAGAGAUGAGGAGGGUGCAGGAAAAGAUAGCAGACCGGCUCCUGGUCCCCUACAGCCACAUUACAUCAGACAUGGCUGAGGCUGCAUUUUACCUGUGUGCUUACGAGUUGGCCAUCAAAACCAUCAACUCCCCCUGGUGUCAACUCUUUGAUGAGGCAGAUGCACUGGUUUUGGAAUAUGCAAAUGACCUGAAGCAGUUCUGGAAAAGGAGUUAUGGUCAUGACAUCAACAGCAAGUCGAGCUGCAUCCUCUUUCAUGAUGUAUUCAGCCGUCUGGAUAGAGCGGCCAAUGAGAUCAGAUCUGGCAGUAAUGUCACAGAAGCAGCGACCAUCCAAGUGGGUCACGCUGACACUCUCCUGCCUCUGCUGACCCUGCUGGGCUUCUUCAAGGACAGCGUGCCCCUGACCUCCAACAAUUAUGUCACCCAGGGCCAGCGUGCCUUCCGCACCAGCCGCAUGAUGCCCUACGCUGCCAACCUGGUCCUUGUGCUGUAUGACUGCAGUGGGAACCUCCGUCUGCAGGCACUGCUCAACGAGAGGCCCAUGGCCUUCCCAGGCCUGGCUGCCAACCAGGGAGKGGAGGAAGCCCCGCUCUACCAGGAUGUCAGAGACCACUACGGGGAKCUGCUCCAGGGCUGCGACUUUGAGAAGGAGUGCCAACUGUUCCCAUCCAAAUGAGGGAGUCAACACUAUCAACAGGUGUCAUUCAUCAGUAAAGUGUGUCUCUGAUGUGUAUUCAAAUCAAAGUUUAUUGGUUGCAUACACAGAUUUGCAAGUGUUAUAGCAGGUGCAGUGAAAUGCUUAUGUUACUCACUCCAACAGUGCAGUAGAAUGCCUCAAAUACACAAAUAAUAAAACAAUAGUUGCUAUGAUAUUAUAGAUAUGGUUAGACCAAUGUGGUGAGCUGCUGUGGUAGAGCGCCACUUUACUCCUAUGGCUAGAUAAUUUGAUUGAGUGUGAAAUUUCUGUGUAUAUGCGCAAUGUUGGAAUGGAAUUAUGAUUCACUCUGUUCAAGGCCACAACAUCCGUUUAUUCAAAUGUAUGGUAGUAUUAGAGACACAAAACAGAUUAAUCGGAACAAAUUUACCAAUUGAGAUCCAGUGGAGGCUGCUAAGGGGAGGACUGCUCAUAAUGGCUGGAAUGGAGCGCAUGGAAUGGCAUUAAACACAUGG